AUGGGACCAAGUGAGCAACCCGAGGUGGCAGCGGCCGAGAACGGGGAAGGUGACGACGCAGAGGCAAAGAGGGAGGUGCCCGACCCAGCACAGCCCUGGUAUGGACAAUAUGACUACCUGUAUUUUGCAGAUGAGAUGAAUAUAAAUAACAAAUUUUACACUUUUAUUGCCAUAAGAAAUGCCUUUUUCUGUCAACUUGGCAUUGGGAUUUUAGCCAACGCCCUCCUUCUUGUCUUCCACGUCCUCACGUUCCUUCUUGAGCACAGGCCCAAGGCCACUGACCUGACCAUCGGCCACUUGGCCCUAAUCCACCUAGUGAUGCUGCUGACCAUGGGAAUCAUGGCCACAGACAUUUUUGGGUCUGAGAAUUUUUGGGAUGACAUCGAGUGUAAGGCAGUUCUGUACUUGUACAGGUUGAUGCGGGGCCUCUCCAUCUGCACCACCUGCCUGCUGAGUGUCCUGCAGGCCAUCACCCUCAGCCCCAGGAGCUCCUGUCUGGCAAAGUUCAAACAUAAAUCCUCACAUCACAACCCAUGUGUCUUUCUCUUCCUGUGGGUUUUCAAUAUGUCCAUUAGUGGUCGCUUCAUAAUUUCCACUAUUUCUACCCCCAAUGUGACCUCAGACUAUCUAAUGCUUGUCACUGAAUCUUGCUCUUUUUGGCCACUAAGUUACUUGCUCAGGUAUGUAUUUUCCACCCUGGUGACCUUCCGGGAUAUUUCCUUUGUGGGGCUCAUGGCCCUCUCCAGUGGAUACAUGGUGGUUCUCCUGAACAGGCACAAAAGGCAGUUCCAGCAUCUCCGCAGCACCAUCCUUUCUCCAAAAGCAUCCCCAGGAAAAAGAGACACCCAGACCAUUCUGCUGCUCAUGAGUUUCUUUGUGGUCAUGUACUUUUUGGACUGUGUUGUCUCCUCCUACUCAGGAAUGUUGUGGAACAAUGAUCCAGUUCGCAUGUGUGUCCAGAUGCUUGUGGGCAAUGGCUACGCCGCCAUCAGUCCUUUGGUGCUCAUCAGUACUGAAAAACGAAUCAUUAAGUUCUUAACAUCCAUGUGGGGGAAGGAAACAUGGUCCUGGCUGUUACUGUGGCAGCAGGUCAUCCUUGUGGUGGCAGUAGCUAUUGCAGUGGCUGUGGUGGACCACCUGUGUGGAAUCUGUGUUUGUGGCCCUGCCCAGUCAUGGGACACUUACUUGCCUCCCAGUCAGGUGGUGGGAGAUGUGGGGGCUGCCAGUGGUGAUGGCUUCUGA